GUGUGUGUUCAUCUAAUUGAUAUUUUGACUUAAUAGUUUAGCUAGACAUGAUUGGCUUAGAGAUUAGCUUUGUUUUUAACACUUUUUUCUCAGUUGAGAUGAAUAGGUAUACUAUUCUGUAGGCUUUAGUAAUCAUGGUUAAAUACUCUUGAAUUGUUACUAUGCAGGAAAUGUUUUUUGCUUUAAUACAACGGGUUUGAGUCCCGGCCUAUGUUACACUUGUCUAUUACGGGGAUAGAUAUAUUACAAACUAUUUGAUUCCGACAAUUCCGUUUACUGUAGACCUUUUGUUUAGUUAGUCAUCUUGCAUUUGCUUCUUGUAUGCCUGUUUGGAUUUAAGGCUAUAAUCUUCAAUCUAGUUUGUAGCUUUUUCCGAUGUAAAGGAGGAACAUUUUAUAUCUUGACUAGAUCUUUUCAGUAGCCAGCUGAAGAGAUUAUGACCUCCAUCCAGUAUUGUUGAAUGUAAAUCGAUAUAUGGUGAUAUCUAGCUUUCAUGCCCUUGAGCUCUUAAUAUAUAUAGUAGAUCAGCAAGUCCUUCCUUUUAAUGUGAUGUAUGAGUACUGGCUUAAUCCCAAGGAGAAAUAUGUAGUAGUAGUAUUGUCCCAAGUCUUUUCUUUGUGAGUUUGCUGUUUGAAAAUAAUAUGUAAAUAUCAGCAUCACUAGGGUGAUGGUUGAUUAUCGUGGAGGUGAGAAUAAUUUUGGUACGUUUUUAGGACGAGUGAGGUAGUAGUGGGCUUGAAUAUUCCAUUCUGGUACAUGUGUUAGCCUGUUUUUUCCUCUUGCCAUUUCAAUCCAACAUCUAGCUUCCAGUUACUGCUACUUUGUGAAAAAAGAAGUAGAUAAAGCUUGCUUCCUAUGUAGUGUAUGUUAAGUCAAAAUGACGUAUUUUUCUGUCAUAUGUAGGUUCCGGUUAGUCUGGUGCAGUGUAGGGUGAGUGGAUGUCAAAGGCUCUGCGUCGUGCCAUGACUCCACCUGGUCGACCGGCUAUGCAGCGCGGCUUUCUGGUGUAUGUGAAGUUGUUUUCUAGUGUAUUUAUACUCGAUUCAUUUGAUCAAGUGCUAAAUACGGUAAACUAGAUACAUACCAAAUGUAGGUGCGAUGCUAUCUGUAAUUAAGUUGCAGGUUUCACUGUUUAGUGUUAUGUUGUCAUCUAGCUUCAACAUCUUUGAUGUGUGUGUACCGUCAAUCCAUCAUAUCAGUUGGUUUUGGUCACAACAAAACCAUUGUGUAAAUUAGGUACCUGUUUGGCGAGGCUGGUUUCUUGGGUGUUUCAUUGAAGCACUAGUCAACUAGCACUUGCAGUACUUUAAAUUUCCAUGUGUUGUAGUUGAGGUAUCAAUUUUUAGAUCACAAUUGUAUUUGAUCCAAGACAAUAUCUGUGAUAUAUAUACAUAUAUAUCCUAUACUAGUUUUUUAAGAUAACUUGUGUGUUUUUUGCUAGAGUUUGUAGCUCGGUUCAGGCGAGACUAUCCUUACUCUGUCAUGCUCUAUAUAUGGACAGGGCAUGGAGCUAUUGUGCCUCCUGCCCAUGGCUUGCUCACAGGGAGGUUAAAACGCAUGGUCGGCACUCGCCUUCAAGUACUUCCCCUUCGACUCCUGCUGUCGUGCCGUGGCAGCGAGUACACCACGGUGGCGGUGUUCGGCUUUUUCUACAAUUCUAUCUGGUUGUGCUUGUUGGUUGUAUGUCCGGCUGGCUCUGCUUCGAUUACCUCGAAUACUUCCUCUCAGUUAACAAGUUCUCCGCGGUGGCGAUGCUAUUUUGGCCGCGACUACAACUCUCUCAGAGUGAGAUGUUGCAGGACUCCAACAUCUUGAAGUUCAAGUUGCAAGUGCAGAGCUUGCAAGUAUUUGUUGGAAGAAAACUCUGAAGAUUGGAAUUCUGCUGCGCUGUGCUGGUAGUAGUGUAGUGGAGAAGUAGAGCAGGCUCUCCUGCGAUGUGGUCAACACGAGAAAGGCGGCCAUCAACAUUGUCGAGCUCUGCUUCAAGGAUGCCGCCUGGAAGAUGCUCAACGACCAGACCGUUGUCCUCUCCAUGAGGAGCAUGGCAACGAUUGCAUGAUCAUGGAAGCUAUUGCAACACCGUGAAAUGUUGUAGCUCUGAUGGUGGAGUCCAAGUCUUGAAGACGAGAACAGUAUCUGGCGCCUGAUGCUUCAUGCCAUCAACACUACUGAUUUGUCUUGUGAGGACAUAUGUGUCGUGCUUCCGUUGUCACAUAUGCAAUCCUUAAGGGCUGUGCAUAUAAGUUUCCUAGUUCAUGUGUACUAUGUGCUUCCUGUGACAUGUGUUUUAACUUCUGUACAAAAUAUUUCGAAUUUAUGGGCUUUGUUCUUUACACAUCAAUGGCAAUGUUUCGAUACUA